GCCACAUCCAUUUCGACACCAACAUGACUGACAAAAAUCACCAACGCCCAUGAAGAGCCAGUAGAAAAUGAGUGGUGUAGAGAGAGGAGUCUGCUGCUGAGAGAGAGAGAGAGAGAGAGAGAGAGAAUCCCAUAGUGCCACAUUCACUGCCAGCAUCGUCCUGUCUGCAUUGCCCUUUCCGGGAUUUUACCCAGCCUUUUCUACAAGUCUUCCCUUCUGUUCUUCUCAAAAUGGCAACACGGAUUGACAAAGAGGCUUGCAGGGAUGCCUACAACCUAGUCCGGGAUGAUAACUCAGAUAUAAACUGGGCAGCCUUUAAGUAUGAUGGGUCAACUAUUGUGCCAGCAGGACAUGGGACUGAUUAUGAAGAAUUCAAAAGCCAAUGUACAGACGACGCCCGUCUGUUUGGUUUCGUGAGGAUCACAACAGGAGAUGCCAUGAGCAAACGGGCCAAGUUCACCCUCAUCACCUGGAUCGGCGAGAACGUGAGUGGACUGCAGAGGGCUAAGAUCAGCACAGACAAAACACUGGUGAAAGAUGUCUGUCAGAACUUUGCUAAAGAGUUCAUGGUGAGCGAUCUUCGGGAGCUGGAAGAAGACUACAUCCGAAAUGAGCUAAAGAAGGCUGGUGGUGCCAACUACGACGCUCAGGCAGAAUAGAUUCUAGCAGGGCAUGCACAGAGGAGCGGGGUGGGGUGGGGUCAUCAAAACUGGGAGAAAGAGUAAGGGGAAAUUUUUCAUCUCACACUCUCCUCAAAGACACACACACACACACACACACACACACACACACACACACACACUUCUGAC